AUGAUUGACUGCUGUGGAAAGAGGUUGAUACUAUCUCACGAGAGGCCUUCUGUUUGUCCGUCUCCUUACCUGUCUGUAUGUCAAACUGUUAAAGCCUUGAAGGCUGGUGAUCUGGGUUAUGUACUCUUGGGUGGACUGGUUGGUGACAAGGAGGAAGAGAUUUCGGGUAUUCCGGUUGUUAAUGAAUUUGCGGAUGUGCUGAAAGAUAAGAAGCUAUAUGCUAAGCCAUCUAAGUGUGAAUUCUGGCUAUCGGAGGUGCAAUUUUUGGGUCAUGUUAUUUCUGCUAGUGGUGUUGUUGUGGAUCCAAGUAAGAUUGAAGCGGAUUAUGAUUUUGAGCUGAAAUACCAUCUGGGUAAUGCUAAUGUGGUGGCAGAUGCAUUGAGUAGAAAAUCUGUCAGUGUGUCCCAGCUGAUGAUGUGGGAUAAUGAAGUGAUUGAUCAAUUCCAGAAUUUGAAAAUAACAAAUUUCUUUGCAGGUAGAGUGAGUGAUAUUGAGUUGACUCAGAUUGAGAAUGAAUUGCAUGAGAAAAUUAAAGAAACUCUGAUAAGGAAUGAUAGUGCUAAUAUUUGA